AUGGCUAGGUUUCUGCUUGUGCUUCUAUGUUUCAUCGCACUGCUAGGCUCGAGCUUAGGUUCGAGCCACGCCAAUGGCCGCGGAGAACAGUCACUCGCUCAAAUCAAUAUCUAUGAAACAAGUCUUGCCUUGGACAGUUCUGUCCAUAUUCACGCUUCACCUCAGACUCUUGGUUCCCAGGGCGAGGAUACUGAAUGGGUAAAUGUUGCUAUUUCCAACCCUAAACCCUCUUCAGAUGAUUGGGUUGGAGUUUUCUCUCCAGCCAAAUUCGACUCUUCGGCUUGUUGGCAAACAGAUGGCAAAGAGAAAGCUCCUUUCAUUUGCUCGUCGCCCAUCAAGUACAUGUAUCCGAACUCUGUUCCGGACUAUACAAAGACCGGUAACGUGAUUCUCAAGUUCCAGAUUAUAAAUCAGAGAGCUGAUAUCUCCUUUGCACUCUUUUCUGGGGGACUUUGGAGUCCAAAACUUGUCGGGGUUUCGAAUACUGUAGCUUUCGCCAAUCCUAAAGCACCUGUCUACCCUCGUCUCGCAUUAGGGAAGAAUUGGGACGAAAUGACUGUAACAUGGACGAGUGGGUACAACAUAAAUGAGGCCAUUCCAUUCAUUGAAUGGAGUGCAAAGGGACUUGCAAGUAGAAGAUCACCUGCCGGAACCAUAACCUUCAGCAGAAACAGCAUGUGUGAUGUCAUGUUUGGUAAUCCUGCUCGCAGCGUUGGUUGGCGUGAUCCGGGUUUCAUCCAUACUGCUUUCUUGAAAGAACUUUGGCCAAACCGCGAAUACAUAUACAGACUAGGCCAUGACUUGGUCAAUGGGUCGACAAUUUGGAGCAAAAACUACACCUUUGUCUCCUCUCCUUAUCCUGGACAAGACUCGUUACAACAGGUCAUAAUAUUCGGUGACAUGGGGAAGGGAGAGCGAGAUGGAUCGAACGAGUACAAUGAUUAUCAGCCCGGUUCCCUCAAAACAACUGACCAAAUCAUUAAAGACUUAAAGAACAUUGACAUUGUUUUCCAUAUUGGAGAUAUCACUUACUCGAAUGGGUAUAUCUCUCAGUGGGAUCAGUUCACAGCGCAAGUCCAGCCCAUUGCUUCUACUGUUCCUUACAUGAUCGCGAGUGGCAAUCACGAGCGCGAUUGGCCAGACACGGGAUCUUUCUAUGGCGGUAAAGACUCUGGUGGAGAGUGUGGUGUUCCUGCAGAGACCAUGUUCUACUUUCCUGCUGAGAACAGAGCUAAAUUCUGGUACUCUGCAGACUAUGGAAUGUUCCGCUUCUGUGUAGCGGACACUGAACAUGAUUGGAGAGAAGGCACAGAGCAAUACAAAUUCAUCGAGCGUUGCCUUGCCUCUGUUGACAGAAAGACUCAGCCUUGGCUCAUCUUCAUAGCUCAUCGCGUCCUCGGUUAUUCCACCAAUGAUUGGUAUGGCCAAGAAGGAACCUUUGAAGAGCCUAUGGGAAGAGAGAGCCUACAGAAACUGUGGCAGAAGUACAAAGUCGACCUUGCUUUCUAUGGACAUGUCCAUAACUAUGAGAGAACAUGCCCCAUUUAUGAGGAUCACUACUCAGGGACCUUCCAAGGAACCAUUCACGUUGUUGUUGGUGGUGCAGGAGCUCAUUUGUCUCCGUUUAGCUCACUUCAACCCAAAUGGAGUUUGGUCAGAGACUAUGACUUUGGGUUUGUCAAGUUGACUGCUUCCAAUCACUCAUCACUUCUCUUUGAGUACAAGAAGAGCAACAAUGGCCAAGUGCACGACUCCUUCACCAUUUCUAGAGAUUACCGAGAUGUUUUGGCCUGCGCUCACGAUAGCUGCGAACCCACCACAUCAGCUGCAUAA